AUGGAGGCCGCAUUCGGUGUGAUCGCAUUGACAGGUCAAGUAGUGGACACUAGCUUCAAGAUCAAAAAAGUCGUUGGAACAUUCAAAUCUGCCCCUGAAGAAAUCAGAGGCCUGUCGUCAAAACUCGAUUUUGUGGGAUUGACUUGUGACAGUCUUGGGAAACUCAUCGAUGAUGAAUUGCGUUUAUUUGGAGUUUCCAGUCUAGUUGAUGAAGGAGUAGACGCUGUCCUGAAAAGAGUUAAAGGGUCUUUGCUAAAGCUUGAGGAGGUAGUUAACAAGUUAGAGAGCAAAGGGAGUGGGACGAAAGGUCAAAAAUUGUCUUUCCUCCGUAGGAAGGAUGACAUCAAGACCUUGAAGGAAGAAUUAGAAGAACAGGUCAGUUUGCUGCAGCUUAAGCUCACGACAGCAACCUAUAAAAAGCAGGCAUUGCGUGGCAAACAAACAUCAAUACAUGACAAACAACCCGAAAACCCCAUCUCCUCAACGACAUACUGUACUCAUGAGCCACCUAAACAACCUGAAGAAUCCGCACUUUCGAAAACAACGAGGGUAGUAUUGGACAGGUUUACGUCGGAAACAGCAUGGCUUCUCGGUAUCCAGAGCUUAGUUGACAAUAGAAAGGUCACUAAGAAGUCAAAAUGGAAGAACGGGGAAGAGACAAUCACAACGAACGAGACUAAAAGUUUGACUAUCAGACAUCAGUCAAGUACUUAUGCCAUCCAGUUGAUGUGGUGGUUUACCGGGUCGAUGUCCAUAUCCUGCUCGCUGAAUAUCCCGCACAUCAUCGACAGCAGAACUCACAAUCAGGUCAAGUGGAGGUUAUACAGAUACUGCUACGGAGGAAGCAUUCGAGGUCUCCAAGAUAUGUUUUCAGAAAAGGUCAUUACGCCUACGACUCUUAUUGAUGGAGCAACACUGUUCGAAUGGGCGGCUUCUUUUCCUCAGCCGGAUAUGUGCCGGUUUAUAUUACAACAAAACUCGAAGCUCAAUGCGGACGAGUAUUUACUUGGCUCCAAAACACAUCCAGGCCGCAAUUCCCUCGAUCACCGUGGCGAUCCUGAGCAAGUAUCGAAAGCUUAUAUCGAUCUCGUCGGGAUGUGUCUCGCGACAGAGGUACCAACAGUCAUCCAGUACCGGUUUUUGGUUUCCAGUAUGUCCCACCCAAGGGACAUGCUGAUGUGUUUCGAAAGGUUUCAGUACAAUGUUUUCUCUGAAGAGUGGCUUGAUUUCAUCGCCGUAGCCUGGGACGAAGCUGUCAUCCUUUUUGCCCAGCGCUCAAAUCAGGAAUGCAUAUGGAUGUCUUCUCCAGAAGAAAAUGAGUACUGGACUUCUCUAUUUUCUUACAUUAUCGGAGGAGGUGUCGACGUGAGUAGGUUUAUCAAGGGUGUUUCUGCGUGUAGAACUGCAUUGUGGCACAUGGUCAAUGUGGCUACUUGUCCCCAUAAUCUGGAGAGCGCUCUUUUCUGCUGGGGCUCCAUCUUGUGGUUAUGUGGCGUGGAACUUGACCAAUACCUUUCAGAAGAAUGGUCAUACUCUGAUUUUAUGUGGAAAGAUUACUUGGAGGUAGAGCGCACAUUCUCAUGGCCCAGGGACCUGGUCCAACUGAGCAUCAGCGGUUUCGUAUUUCCAUCAUGGACUCGCCGAGUCACGUCGACAAGUCUAGCUUACGAGGUCAGGGAAGAGUUCAAGUAUCUGGGGCCAGACACGCCUUACUCUAUCGAGCCGGCAGCACAGUUUAAGCAAGAUAUCGCAGAGAUGAGUGAGCGACACAUGCACCACAUCUGGAAAACACUGGAUCACCCAACGAUGGAAGAAGUACAGCUAGACGCCUGGCCAUUUGGCUUCUGCCCGCCUAGAGAUUUAAAUCCGGAUUAUUGGAAGUGGUCGCAGUGGUACACUAGUAGAGGAAAGGCUCGGCGAGUCGAACGAUCCUUUAAAAUCGCUCAGGGUCUACUACAUGCGCGCUUUGAGAGACGACAAAAUAAGAAGCUGUACAAGUCGGGUUAUUUCCCUAGGGCUAAGAAACUGCGCGACCUACCUGGGGCAUGGGUUGAUGAUUGA